UAUAAAAAAAACUCUGUUUUAGCUCAUUUCUAUUAACAUUCUCUUUAUUUUGCUCAAUUCUGUGUUCUACACUGAAAAAUACAAAUUGGGUAUUAUUUAUUUUAUUGAAAUUGGUAUUUUUUUAGUUUUAUGGUGAUUUUCCGGCAGUGUUCGCCGGAGCUCCGGUGAAGCUCCGGCGAGAAGUGUGAAUUUGGGGUGUGUUGGAAUAAAUGAGUUAAAGUGAGGGGGUAAAAGUGUAAAAAAAAAAAUGUUUAAGUCAGCAAGGUGGAAGAGUGAGAAAAACAAGAUUAAAGUUGUCUUCAAAUUGCAGUUUCAUGCAACUCAGGUAGCGGGGGAUGCAGUGAUGAUAUCCGUGGUUCCCGCAGAUGUGGGGAAGCCAACGUUAAAAUUAGAGAAGGCGACAGUUCGUGAUGGGAGCUGUUACUGGGAUAAAACAGUUCUUGAAACCGUGAAGUUCAUUCAAGAACCGAAGUCAGGGAAGAUUCAUGAAAAGAUCUAUUACUUCAUCCUGGGAACUGGGUCUUCAAAAUCAGGAGUUGUUGGAGAAGCUUCGAUUGAUUUCUCGAAUUAUGCAGAGUCUAAGAUAUCCUCUGUUUCUCUUCCACUCAAAAAUUCAAAAUCGGGAGCUUUAUUGCAUGUUUCGAUACAGAGGAUUCAAGAUUCUUCUGAUCAAAGUUUUGUUGAAGAAAUCGAAAAUGCAAAACCAAAUUCCGACAAUAUGAUCUUGAGCACACAAUUAAGCAAUGAUGACAUAGAAGCUAGCCUUAAAAGCAAUUCUUCAGUGGACGGUCGGAUCAACAAACCUAUUUUGCAGAAUGGCAAACUGAAUGGCAACCACCAAGCAUCAGGUGAAUCGGAUAUUACCAUGUCCAGUUCCAGAAGCAGCUCAGGGCUUUAUACGCCUCGGGAAAUCAAUAUGGAAAGGAACAUUGGCCAUCAGGAUCAUGUAAACUUCCCAUUCUCUCCAAAUCACGCUUUGGUUAUACGGAAGCCCAGUAUUGAUGCCUCUACAACAGUUUCUGAAGAAAAUCAGCAAUUGGAAUGGCUGGUAGGUCCCGCUCUCGAAGUAAGUACAGACGGCUCUUCGAGCACUCCGAGAGAAGCUCUUUCAAGAUUAGCAUCACAAGAGGCGUCAGAUGUUGUUGUUGCAAAGCUAAAAUCCGAGCUUGCGGUUUUUGCUAGGCAGGUAGAAGUGUCGGACUUGGAACUUCAAACCCUACGUAAACAAAUCGUCAAGGAGAGUAAAAAAGGUCAGGAUUUGUCGAAAGAGGUUGCGAACCUGAAAAAAGAACGAGAUGCUCUCAAAGAGGAAUGUGAUAAACUUAAAGCCUCCCAAAGACGGUUAGAUGAUGCAAAAUCCAAAGACAAGUUGCUCUAUGAAAAAGGGGAUCUUCAAACUAUUGUUAGUGAACUCAGGCAAGAAUUGGAUUAUCAAAAGGAUCUUAAUGCAAAUCUAGAAAUACAACUUCAGAAGACACAAGAAGCGAAUUCCGAGUUAAUUCUCGCUGUACGUGACCUAGACGAAAUGUUAGAUCAGAAGAACAAAGAAAAUGUUACAUCUUCUGAUACUGAGAAGUUUCCGGAUGUUAUCUCGAAGCAUGAAAUGACUAAUGAAGACGAUGAAGAGCAAAAGGCACUAGAGCAGCUCGUGAGAGACCAUAGCGAUGUAAAGGACACAUAUAUGCUGGAGCAAAAGAUCACGGACCUGCUUGGUGAAAUCGAGAUAUACAGGAGAGAAAGAGAUGACUUAAAGAUGCAGAUGGAGCAACUCGCACUCGACAAUGAGAUACUGAAGCAAGAAAACCACGACAUGUUAUACAAACUUGAGCAAAGUGAGAUUCAAGAACAACUGAAGAUGCAAUAUGAAUGUGCAACUUCUUAUGCAACCGUAACUGAACUUGAAUCCCGGAUUACGAGUUUAGAGAAUGAGCUGAAUAAGCAAUCAAAAGAAUUAUCCGGUUCUUUGGCCACUAUAAAUGAGCUCGAAGAAGAACUAGAAAAGCAAGCUGAGGGAUUUGAAGCUGAUCUCGAUACUCUUUCUCGUGAUAAAGUCGAACAAGAGCAGAGAACAAUACGAGCUGAAGAAGAAUUGAGGAAGACAAGAUGGCAAAAUGUUUGUACAGCUGAGCGGCUUCAGGAAGAACUUAAAGGGCUCUCCAUGCAAAUGGAAUUCUCAUUAGAAGCGAACGAAAGGUUAGCUACUAAAGCGUUCCAUGAAGCUAAUGAACUCCGCCUACAAAAAUUGUAUUUGGAAGAGACGCUUCAAAAAUCAUCUGAGGAUUAUAAAGCAAAGAUACUCGAGCUUUCUAGCCAAGUAACGGAUAUGUUUGGUCGAAUGGAAAAGUUGCACUCGGAAAUUGAAGAAAAAUCAGUGCAAUUGGGAAAACAAGAAGAGCUGGCUAAAGAAACUGAGCAGCGCUUGUCGGAGAAAAUCAUCUCUCUUGAAGCGGAUAUUGAAAAUCUAUUAACGGACAAGAAUACGCUAAUGGGCGAGUUGGAAAAGACGAGGAAAUCAAUUGAGGACAUGCAAUUACUUAUCGAGCAAGGUCACGGUGAAAGAAGAGAACUCGAAACUAGGCUAGCUUUAGUGGAAAAAGAAUUAAACAACACGAGUUCUCUUAUGGAUGAGAAGGAGAAUUUAAUUUUGGAACUGUAUUUGGAAGUGGAUAUACUUUGCAAUGAGACAAAGAAAUCUUUGUUCGAGGACGAAGUGGAGAAAGAAAAUUUGAGAAAGCAGGUGUCCGUGUUAAAAGACGAUCUGAAGAAGAAAGAGGACAUGCUGAAUUGUUUGGACAAAAAGCUCAUGGAUGCGAAUAGUCUAAAAGAGAGGAUAAAGUUGCUUGAGAGUCAGAUCAAGCUGAAGGAAGAUGCACUUGAUGACACAAUUAAUUCGUUUAUCGAGAAGGAGAAAGAUCAUCAAGACAAAAUCGAAGAGUUAGAAAGAAGAUUAGAAGAACCCCAGCAGAGCACAGAAAGGCUUUUCGAACAAAAGUCCGAAAAGGUCUCUAUCGGCACACACUGUUCGACUCGUAUUAAAGAGUUUCUGUCUGAUGUUACAUUGAUACAGGUGGCUACGGAAGAUCUAAAUAUCGCAACUACAACAUGUACGAAAGAUGAAAAUCCCAGUCAAACAUUGUCUACAGAGAGCAGCAACGGCUGUUGUUCGGAUGAGGAAAUGGAAAGCCCAGCAUCGAAUAACAGAAAUCUCGAAGAACUGUCAAAAGAAACGGAACUACUGUGGGAGAGGAACAAGUUAAUGGAAGUUGAACUAAAAGAAAUGCAAGGGAGAUAUUCAGAAAUAAGCCUCAAAUUUGCAGAGGUAGAAGGAGAAAGACAGAAGCUUUAUAUGAAACUGCGGAACAUUAAGAGCGCGAAAAAAGAGCUUGUAAAAUAGAUACAAGUAUAGUUAAUGGAUUGAAGUUCUUUUUUGCUGGGAGAUUUAGAUGUGAAGGCCCCUCAAAAAAAUUGAACAAAAUAAUGUAAAUUGCUCUCUUUUUUUUUGGCAUAUUCUUUAUUUUUUUCUUGCUAGACUUAACACUAUCAGAUAAGAUACAAAAAGUAUGAGUAGUGUUAGCAUAUAGUUUAUAUUCAUUGUCAAAUAAGAUGCUAUCUAAGAGCAUUUCAAGUUGUUUUUGUAAGUAAUGACUUGUGUUAUUUUGUAUCUAUGAGGAGAUUCUUUAAUUA